ACCACUAGUACCCAUUGGAUGCAAAAUGUCUUUUCUGAAAAGGUAAACAAAAUGUGGAAAUCGUGGCGAGUACAGCCAAAUUUUCUCAAAUCCGGAGCUCAAAGAAGACAGUUGAUAUUCGUGCAAUUAAGGAUAUAGAAAACCGGACUGCAUCUGCGGGAUAUAUCUGCGUGAACACGAGUUCGAGGCUGUUGCUCGCCAGCACAUGAAAAUCAAUAAUUGAAUCACAAAAUCAAAACACGGAUUCGCUCAGAUGCAAGCAGGCCCGCGAUAAAUUAUGCAAUUCUUGGAGCCAUUAACAACCCCCCUCCCCCUUCCCCAACCCACCGUUCUCGUUUUGGCCCCGUUUGCAGUUGAUGUAUUCAAAUUCAAAUGCUGAGCCCGAUUUUGGCCUUUGCCGUUGUUGUCACUACUGCCGUGCAUGUGCAUGUUGUUGUAAUUGGAGCAGGAAAUCGCGAUGGAGCAGGAAAUCGGCACCUGGGACUCGGUGCUGCUGGAGAACCUGUCCGAGGAUAGCUUCAUAAACAACAUCCACCAGCGUUACAAGCGCGAUCACAUAUAUACCUACAUUGGAACUUCUGUUGUGGCUCUGAAUCCAUAUCAUCACAUAUCCGAGCACUCGCUAGACAACGUCCGCAAUUAUGGCGACAAGGGCAUCUUCCAGCUGCCGCCCCACAUCUAUGGUCUCACAAAUCUGGCCUACCAGUCGCUCAAGGAUCAGAGCGAGGACCAGUGCAUACUGCUCACCGGCGAGAGCGGAUCGGGCAAGACGGAGACCUUCAAAAUGAUCGUGAACUUUCUGACCCACAUACAGGAUCGUUCGCACUGCCCCGCCACACCGAAUGUCCUGCGAAAGCAAUCCUCGAUCAGCUCGAACAGCGGGUUGGUGCCGCACGCCCACAGGCGCGCCUCCAGCAGCUGCUCCGGUACUGCCAACUUUAUUAUAUGCAAGAACAGGGCGGAAAAUCCGCCGGCCACUAUUUCGCGGCGACAGAGCCCCUCGCCAGGACCUUCGCAGCGUUCGCGGACGCGGGCUGAGAGCAUUGAGCGCCAGAGCAGGCGCCACAUGCGCGAGAAGAUCGUCGACUUUGAUUUCUCGCACCACAAGAGUAGCGAGAACAUCAGCAGCCUGCUCGAAUCGAAUGCCCACCACUUGCACCCGACCAAGUCGUGCUUUAAGCACCAGCAGACCCAAGUGGGCGCCUGCACUGCCAUGCCCCCGGCUGCCAAGGGUUCGCCCAAGUAUGCCGUGCCCUCCGUCUACGGCGGCUGUCGCCAGUGCGGCCACAGCAAGUGCGUCCGUGCCCAGAGUCUGGAGAAAGAGGAGCGGGAUGAGCUGCGAGGCAGCACCAGCCGUUUGUCCACCGCCGCCCACCCGGCUCAUCCGCAUCGCGGCAGCUGCUCCAACCUGAUUCGCCAGCACUCAACUGAGAGCCAGCCGGAGCGGGAACGUGACCGGGAUCGAUGCUCCCUAAUGGGCUCCACGCAACGUAUAUCGCUGUACGAUGCACACAAGCUGAGCAAGGUCUUGGGCGAUCUGCCGCCCCCGCCGCCCAGCUCCGUUUCACCCACGCCCUCGGCCAGCUCGUCGCUGCACAGGCGCCACAAGUCGCCAACGCAGAGGAUGCGCGAGUGCGUCACCUGUGCGGAUGUGUUCCUGGAGGCCAUGGGCAACGCCUGCACGCUGAAGAAUAACAAUUCCAGCCGAUAUGGAAAGUUAUUCGAUAUCGAAAUUGACUUUAAGGGCGAUCCGAUGGGCGUGCACAUAACCCACUAUAUGCUGGAAAAGACACGUAUAACAGACACUGUCAUUGGAGAGCGAAAUUUUCACAUAUUUUACCAGUUACUAUUAGGGGCUGAUCUUCAGUUGCUAAAAGCGCUCAAGCUGUAUCGAAAUGUAGAGAAGUACGAGCUUCUGCGCAACACAACUGCCAUGGAGGAGGAUCGUAUGAAUUUUCAUUAUACCAAGCGAUCUUUGGAUGUACUGGGCCUUAGCUGUGAGGAAAGCAACUCUAUUUUUCGGGUUAUAGCUGUUGUUCUUAAGUUGGGAAACUUUAUUUUCGUACCUAUUACCAACAUUGAUGGAACCGAGGGCUGUCAGGUGUCCAAUGUUUACGAGGUUCAAGAGACAGCACAGCUCCUCAAUAUAGAUGCCCAAAUCCUAAUCAACUGUUUGACCAGAGCUAAUAGCUCGAACAGCGCUCAAGAGGAUGUGGGUUGUGAAAUGGAUGCCAGACAAGCGGCCACCAACCGAAACACUCUCUGUCGCACUCUCUACAGCCGCCUCUUCACCUGGCUGGUGAACAAAAUAAAUGAGUCCCUAAAAUCGACUCAGCGCGAAAAGAACCUGGCGUUGCUCGAUUUUUAUGGAUUCGAAGUGCAGGAGCACAACUCCUUUGAGCAGUUUGCCAUCAACUAUAGUGCGGAGAAGAUCCAUCAGAAUUUUGUGUUCCAUGUACUGCGCUCUGAGCAAGAACUAUACAUCCGAGAAGGAUUGGAGUGGUCGCGGAUUGACUAUUUCGACAAUGAGUCAAUUUGUGAGCUGAUAGACAAGCCCAGCUACGGCAUCCUGAGCUUGAUCAACGAAUCCCAUCUAAAUAGCAACGAGGCUUUGCUUUUGCGAGUUCAGCAAUGUUGUGCGGGGCAUCCAAACUUUAUGACCACCGGCAGUAACUCUAUGUGCUUUCAAAUACGUCACUUUGCGAGUGUGGUAAACUACUCAAUACAUCGGUUUCUUGAGAAGAAUUCGGACAUGCUGCCAAAGUACAUCAGUGCUGGCUUUUACCAAAGUAAACUCUCUCUAGUGCAGAGUUUAUUUCCCGAGGGAAAUCCCCGCCGGCAAGCCACCAAGAAGCCCAGCACGCUAAGCUCGAACAUCCGAACCCAGCUGCAGACGCUGCUGGCCAUCGUGAAGCACCGCCGCUCCCACUAUGUGUUCUGCAUCAAGCCCAACGAGGGCAAACAGCCGCAUCAGUUUGACAUGGCGUUGGUGCAGCACCAGGUGCGCUACAUGUCACUGAUGCCGCUGGUCCACCUGUGCCGCACCGGCCACUGCUACCACCUGCUGCACGUCAAGUUCUUUCACCGCUACAAGCUGCUCAACAGCCUCACUUGGCCCCACUUCCACGGUGGCAGCCAGGUGGAGGGCAUCGCUCUGAUUAUCCGCAACUUGCCGCUGCCUUCGGCGGAGUUCACGAUCGGCACCAAGAAUGUGUUCGUGCGCAGUCCGCGCACCGUUUUCGAACUGGAGCAGUUCCGCCGCCUGCGGAUCAGCGAGCUGGCCGUGCUCAUCCAGAAGAUGUUUCGUAUGUACCAUGCGAGGAAGCGUUUUCAGCGAAUGCGGCACAGUCAGAUGAUCAUCUCGAGCGCCUGGCGCACGUGGCGGGAGUGCCGGUUUGGCAUUCCCUUCACUGGUCGUAGGCAUUUGUGGAGUUUAUAUCGUGUUGCCCGCGAGGAGUAUCGGUCCUUGAAGUACAAACGCCAGGUUAAAUGGGCCAUCGAAGUGAUAGGUCGUUACUACCGCCAGUGGAAGAUCCAGCAGUUUCUGCUGACUAUCCCCCUGCGUCUGCCCCCCAACACGUUGAGCCCGCUUUCUACGGAAUGGCCAGCGGCUCCUGUUUUUCUGGCAGAUGCGUCGCGACAGUUGCGAUCCAUCUACCAUCGCUGGAAGUGCUAUGUCUAUCGGAACUCUUUUGACCAGACAGCACGCAAUCGGAUGCGAGAGAAGGUCACAGCCAGUAUAAUCUUUAAGGACCGAAAAGCAUCCUAUGCACGAAGCGUGGGUCAUCCAUUUGUGGGCGACUAUGUGCGACUGCGCCACAACCAGCAGUGGAAGAAGAUCUGCGCCGAGACUAACGAUCAGUAUGUGGUCUUUGCAGAUAUAAUCAACAAGAUAGCGCGGUCCAGUGGAAAGUUUGUGCCCAUUUUGCUGGUAUUGUCCACCUCAUCGCUGCUGCUGUUGGAUCAGCGAACGCUGCAAAUCAAGUACAGAGUGCCUGCAUCGGAGAUUUACCGGAUGUCUCUGAGCCCCUACCUGGAUGAUAUUGCUGUGUUCCACGUAAAGGCGUCUGAGUUUGGACGGAAAAAGGGAGACUUCGUUUUUCAAACGGGUCAUGUAAUUGAAAUCGUGACCAAAAUGUUUCUAGUCAUACAAAAUGCCACAGGCAAACCGCCGGAGAUACACAUAAGCACUGAAUUUGAAGCUAAUUUCGGCCAACAAACUGUCAUCUUCUCGUUCAAAUACGGCGGCAUGUCGGACCUAGCACAAGGCCCACCUAAGGUCACGCGCAAGGCGAACCGCAUGGAGAUAAUUGUGUGAUCUUCGGCAGCAUCGGAAACUAAUCGUGGCAGCUCAUUGAGUCUGCUGCUAUCAUCUUCUUCGCCUUAGGCAGAACUCGGGUUCGGCGGUCCGUAUCCAUUAUUCUCACCAGUCAUCAUGCGAUUGCAAUUACCAUUGCGCUCUGCUGUGGUUGGAGUCUCUCGACUUUUAUAUGGUCCCAGGGAUCAAAAUACAAUUUUAGCAAUAUAUUAAGACACUCACACUCAAACAUACUUAGAAACACAAUUUAGUUUUGUUCACAAGUGACAAUCAGAGUAACCAAUUUGUUGUCAAGAUUGUGCCAAAAGAAGGAAACUAGAAAUGCCCCAAGGAGUAGAAGAAGAAAGAGCGAGCUAAUUUUAAACUGCACCGUCUUAUUUAACUUUGUAAAUGUAAAGUCGAAGCGAAGGAAACUAACGAAGUGAGCAACUGAAUUUACGCAUCUAAUUUGUCAACUAGGUUUAAGUGUAAGUCAUGCACCAAGUCGAUUAGCAUUGCAACAAUAAGUAUGUACUGUAAGGAGGCACAGUAAGCGGCGCCGCUAGAAUGAAUCGGAAACAGGAGCAGGAGCGAGAUGCAGGUGCUGGAUGGGCAGAGUGGGAUUUUACACAAACUAUGAUAUUUCCGUUAUAGAAACCAAGGCAUUUCUUUUACAUUUAAGGUUUCAUACACAAUAAUUAGUGAACUAAUGCUAGAGAACAGACAUAUAAACCAAACCUCUUUAUAUACCGAAAACACAAAUGAAUCCAAUACAUGCAAUUUACUGCGACUUAGCGAAAAAUACAACUUUUCCCAAACAAAAAUAAACAAAAAAUGUUAAACAACUAUUUACAAAGCAGAGCAGAAGAGUAGUUAAAUAUUUCAAAUAAAUAUAUAUAUAUAUAUAUGUAUACACCAUACGAAAUUAAUAAUGAGUCUAUAUAAAAGCGACAACAAUAUGGGAAAAAACAGAAGACAAGUUUGUUAAAAGUUGAGAACGAAUGUAUGUAGUUGUUUAUAUAUAACUUGUUAUUGAUAGUUCGGACAUCUAACGUAAUUCAACCAGGAGCUGCGUUUUCCAAGCUCCAGCGAGUUCACACAGAAUCUGUCACAUUCGAAUUCCAGCAGUUUUUAUUUGUAUUUAAGUUUUAAGCGAAAACUUCGAAAGAAAAGCCAAAUAUGAGUAAAUCGAAACCCAAACAGUUGGUAGUUUAUAAAACAAAGUUUAGCAAUAAUAAAACAUACACAUAGUAAA